UUCACCCAGGUCCCAGCUGAGGCAGACAAAUGGACGUGUUUGCUGUUCCUGCAGAGAGACACCGAGGAUGGUACGUGCGCCUGAUGGCACCCAACACUAAAGGACCCGCGUUUGCGUGGCUGGACCCGUCCAGGCUCUACUGUAACUCCCAGGCUCUGGCGGACUGUGUCACAGACCUUCUCGCCCCGUUCCACAGCGACACCAUUGACCUGGUGGCUGGCAUUGAUGCAAUGGGUUUCAUUCUGGGGUCAUCGGUGGCCACCAGGUUGGGGAAAGGUUUCCUGGCCAUACGCAAAGCGGGUCAUCUGUGUGUCGCCACACAGAACCAGAACUACACCGACUACUCCGGCAGAGAAAAGACCAUGGAAGUGCGGGAAGACGUCCUGAAACCAGGUUUGAGAGUUCUGUUAGUGGACCAGUGGAUUGAAACAGGAGGAACAAUGACAGCGGCUAUCCAACUGGUGGAGAGACUCGGAGGCACUGUUGUUGGGGUCGCUGCUGUUGCCAUCGAGAACACAGAGGGAGGAAAGUGGAUCAAGGAAAACUAUAAAUUCUCCCACUGUAUCCCGGAAGAACUCCAAAGCCAAAUUGAUGGGAAAUACCUCGAAUCUUUUAGCGAUUUUAACAAGUGACUGAGCAAGUAACAAAGAUUAUAUAGUGAGCUGUUUGUAUCUUAAAAGCAAUGUAUCAAUCUUAUCAAUAAUCUUGAAAAAGUCCAUAUAAAAAUGUGCAAUAUUUGUAUGACUUUCUAACAAGUGAACACGAAACAUGAGGUUGGUAUUUUAACAAUGAUUUAUUGAUCGUAAAAGCAGUGGAAAACAAUGUAUACAGCAGAUGCAUGAUACAGAUGUUGUCUUCUAACACAGUCCUUUUAGGUCAUGAACCAUGUAAGUCUAAUAAAACCAGCACUGAA